UUUUUGAUUUAGUUCCUAUACUCGAUCGAGACGAGAGAAAAGGUUUGAUGUGGAUUCGAAAAACAAACGACUAAAGAACGGUUGCACGAUUUUUUAAUUCCCUGUCGAGAUGAAACUCAACCUUGAUCAUUUUCUCCCGAUGUUGCCAACAGAUGGUGCCAUGAAUUUCCACGUACAGGGCGAGCAAGGUUUUUUCGCGCAGGGCGAUCCAAGCCACGCGAUAGUUCAAGGCGAUGAUUUUUUGUCCAGUCUCGUCGAAUUUCCUUUACCAGCAGAUGUUUUGAAUACUAACAGUAGUGGGGUUAGUAGUGCUACCAUGACUACAGUGGAGGGCAUUAUUAAUGAAAGUGUUCCAACCCUUGAUAGAACAUCCAUUUCAAGGAUAAGGCCCAAUGGAUUACUGGCUAAAUUGGGAUUGCCUUGCCAGACAAGCGAUAACUAUGAUUAUCAGCAGUGCUACAGUUAUUACUCUAAUGGUUGCUAUAAUGUUUGCCAGUUCGUCGAAAGUGGUGAUAUCGAAGAUAUUUUGAAUCAUGAGAAGCGCAAAGAAAAAUCUCGAGAUGCCGCUCGAUCCCGUCGUUCCAGAGAAACGGAAAUAUUCUCUGAUCUGGCGAACGCCCUUCCCCUCGCCGCCGAACAGAUCUCUCCGCUGGACAAGGCUUCCAUCAUGAGACUGGCGAUUUCUUAUCUCAAGGUCAGAGAUAUGGUAAACUUAGUUCCAGAACUAAAAGUACCAGACGAAGAGACCGGAACUGACGGAUCGGUAUUCCUGAAAUCGCUUGAUGGUUUCAUUGUGGUUUUGUCUGCCGAAGGGGACUUCGUUUAUUUGUCUGAGAAUGUCAGCGAUUAUUUGGGACUUUCCCAGAUCGACCUGAUGGGCCAAAAUGUUUUCGAAUACAGUCACCCAUGCGAUCAUGAUGAGAUUCGAGAAAUUAUCUCUGGAAAGUCUCAAGAUGAAAGUGACUGCUCAAAGUCAAUUUUCAUGCGUCUCAAGUGUACCCUAACCAGUAAAGGCAGAUCCGUCAACCUCAAAUCGGCCAUAUAUAAAGUAAUAAAGUGUACUGGCCAUGUUGUUAAAUCCAAAUCGAGUGCCAUGAAGGAAGAUAACCAAUCGAUAUCACUAAUGCAGGGCUGCUUCAUUGCCGUUGGCCAGCCCAUUCCGCACCCUUCUAAUAUUGAGACGCCAUUACCACAUCAAACUUUUCUCACAAAACAUAGCUUGGACAUGAAAUUUACGCAUGCUGAUGAUGAGUCGAUGUCGCAGAUAUUAGGAUAUGAUCAAGAGGAUCUCCUGGGGAAGUCGGUAUUCGACUACCACCAUGCCAUGGACAGCGAUUCUAUUCAUUCUGCAUAUAAGUGUCUGUUCUCCAAGGGCCAGUGCGAAACGGGUCGAUACCGUUUCUUGGCCAAAACUGGAGGGUACGUGUGGGUCGUCACUCAAGCCACUUUGAUCCACGAUAAGAUGCAGAAACCGCAAAGCGUGGUAUGCGUCAACUACGUCAUCAGGUGAGUUUUUUUCGAAGUUUU